CUGCGCUUGCCCCCCGUGGGUUGCGGUGAGAUUUAGGGGCCUCUCGGUCCCCUCCCUGGGGUUGCCGCCCUGUGCGCUGGAGGUCCCCGCGCUGGCUGCUGGGGGUCGCGGGGGGGUUACGGGGCCCCCGGCCUUGCGGGGGCUGCUCCAGCCCUGCUUUUCCCCCAGGCAGGGGUCUGCUGGUCACAGGCAACCCCGGAGCACCUCUCCGCUCUGGCUGCCCUCUCCCUGGCACCCCCAGUGUGUGGGGGCUUGCGGCAGAGCCUCUGCAAAGGGGGUUUGCCCUGAGCCUGGGCUCCGCCUGGCGUGUUUUCUUCCUGCGCCCAGAUAACUCCAAUUUGCGGCUCUGCGUGCGGGAGAUAAUUGGAAUGCACCUCCGUGGUGUGUGGGAGGAGAGCAUUGCGCUGAUCUUUGUUGCCUUUUAGAAAUGCAUAAGCAGGGAGGGAGGAAGGCUGCGGGUUUUUUCUAAGUGCAAAACUGCUAGAAAGGCUUGUUUGUUUUAAAAGGAAGGAAAAAGCCUUUGGAAACCAGGCAGCGCCAGGGUCUGUCCACCAGAGUCCUGCGUGGGGGAAGACACCACUGCCAUGCUGGAGGUCCCUGGACAGUCUGUGCGCAGAGCAGAGCACGAUGCCUUUCCUGCACGGCUUCCGCAGGAUCAUCUUCGAGUAUCAGCCCCUGGUAGACGAGAUCUUGGGGUUGCUGGCGAUACAGGAUGCGGAACAGCAGAGCACCCUUGAGAGCCCUGCCUGUCUGGGCAAUGACAGGAGCCAGCUCUCGGCUGUGAGACGAGUCUUGGAGCGGGAGACUCACUCCCCGUUUUAUCAGGAAGGUGUGAGCUAUGCCUUGCUGAAGGUCACCGAGCUGGGGCUCGUCCCUGCCGCAGAAAUCCUCCUGGAGUUUGGAGCUGACCUCAGCUUUGAAGAUCCAGUCACCUACUACACCCCCCUGCACAUCGCAGUGCUCCGCAACCAGCCGGAUAUGGUGGAGCUCCUGGUGCACCACGGGGCCGACAUCAACCGGAGAGACCGGAUCCAUGAGAGCAGUCCUCUCGACCUGGCCAGUGAGGAGCCCGAGCGGUUGCCAUGCCUCCAGCGGCUGCUUCAGCUGGGAGCUGAUGUCAACGCAGCUGACAAAAAUGGAAAAACAGCGCUGUUGCACGCCCUGGCCAGCAGUGACGGUGUCCAGAUCCACAACACUGAGAGCAUCCAUCUCUUGUUGGAAGGAGGUGCAGACGUCAGGGCCACCACCAAAGAUGGUGACACGGUCUUCACCUAUGUUAUCUUCCUGCUGGGAGAAAUGGUAUGCAGCAGCACUGAGGAGGCACAGGUGAUCAAUCGCUUCUGCUUUCGUGUCACACAGCUGCUGCUGGCCCAUGGUGCCAACCCCAGUGAGUGCCCGGCCCCUGAGUCCCUCACUCACCUCUGCUUCAAAAGCUUCAAACGCCACUUCCCACUGCUGCGUUUCUUGCUGGAGUCAGGUGCUGCCUACAACUGCUCCCUCCAUGGUCCCUCGUGUUGGUCAGGCUUCCACAUCGUCUUCGAGUGCCUCUGCUCGCACCUCAGCGUCUCCGAAGAUGACAGCUUCUCUACAGACCUCAUCCAGAAGGGUCAGACUCUGCUGGAGCUCAUGAUGGCCAGUUCACAAGCCAUCCAGCUGCCCAGCAACUUUGAGGUCAACACCAGCAGUUGUAGGUAUCAUGGGGAGAAGAUCAGGACUCUCUUCUGCUCUCUGAAGCAGCUGGAGCGCUCCCCACAGGCAUUGAAACAUCUCUGCAGGGUGUUUAUUCGGCAGCGCCUUAAACCAUGGCCAGUAGAUGUUAAAAUCAAGGCUCUACCUCUUCCAGACAGGCUGAAGUGGUACCUCCUCAUUGACCACACUGCUGCUGGGCACGAGGACCUCUGAGCCUGACUAAUGCCUCUCCGUGUCCUCCCUCCACAGUUGUGGUGCUCCUACAGCCACCACAUCUCUGCUCUGGGCCAGUUUUCUCUGCUGCAAGAGGUGUUGCUGUCCACAUGCCCAUGGCUUGGCCAGUGCUGCCCACAGUGUCCCUCUCUGCUGUGUUUUGGGGGGUAUGCUUUUUUGGGCAUGAUACCACGUGCAAGUCUGUGGAGGCCUCAUUGCUCUGGGGCACAUUGUGGGGAGGCAGACAGAGCCCUGUGGCUCCCUGGGGGUGAAGAAAGCCCCUGGACACUGGGGACCCGGACACUUGGGCAGAGGGCUGGUUUGUGUGGAUUUUAAGAAAAGUCCUGGCGGGUUGUGGGGCAGCUGGAGUGGUGUGACUGGACAGGCAGCUUGUCCCUUCUCUUUGCAGCCCUGCCAGGUCUGGGGUGGGUGAAGCAGUGCCUUAGGUGACCGGCGGAGUUGUGAGAUGCCUUGGGGUGCUGGGAGAAGAGGUGUUCCCUGUGCUAGGAGUGUGCUGGCAUCAGUGUCCUGGUUUCCUGCCUCUUGUCCUGGUGGUGGGAGCAGCUGUGGUGGAGGCAGGUCCAGCAUCUCCCUGCGGAUGUGGAUGCCUUCCUCGCUCACGCGAGCUUCUGAAACCAGGGGCGAGGGUGAAGGAGAGCAGGGCUGGCAGUGGUGGCUGGCUGCUCUGCACCCUCUGAGUUUCUGCUGGGAGAACCCCAUCCUCUUGGCACGGAGGACUGUCCAAGGACAUCUCGGAGGUGCUGGGCUCUAAAACAGACAAAUGGAUGUUUCUCAGCUUUGUGGUGCUUUCCCUGUGCAAGGAUGAGGAACAGGCAGUUAACUCUGCUGAGAGCCUUGUGCCUCCCUCCCUGUUCCUUUGCUCUUUCCCUUGCUGACUGUUCCGAGGACGUUGGUCUCCAGUGCCUCCUUCCCAGGAACAAGAAGUUGCAGCACUCGGGGUUUUCUUUCCAAGCUGCUACUGGAAGCUCCAAACUCUAGAGGUCCUGUGUCCCAGCCUUGCCACAGCUGUCUGUCUCCCCUUCUAGGCAUCUGCUUCCUCGUGACAUGCCAAAGACUGGCCACAGAGCUGAGCUCCCCACGUUUUUGUUGUUUUGGGUUUUGUUUGUCAUGGGGGACAGAUGCAGAAGAAGAUGAAAAGAGGAAAAAAAACCUAUUCUGAGUAGGUACAGUUUAUAGCAGGUGGAUCUGGGAUCCACUGGCAGUUUAGCUGCAGAAGGGUUGUCUUCCCCCCAUUGCCUUCCUGGCAGCAUCUGAGUUUUACCUUCUCCCACCCUGUAGAACUGGAGCUAUACAUCUUGAUGAAUUGAUGUUUAAAAAUAAUAAUAAUGUGAUCAAAUAUUCCCCUGGUGUCUGGAA